GCUGAUCAGUGAUCUUUGUGGGAUUCUGAGUGAAAGCGUCUUGGAAGUUGGAGUACCGUAGUUCUGCUCUGCUUUGCACCAAUAUACAGACUUUAGCAUGUUCAGGACGCCUUCUGCUUGCAAGGACAGAAGAGGCGCUUCAGGGGCGCUUCUGACGUUAGCAACUUUUGAUUUCUGGUCCUUGAAGGCCCUAGAUCAUUCAUUCUAGGCGGAUUGCAGUGGUUUCAUUGAGGAUACUGUCAAUGCAAACAUUGCAGCAGCCUGUCAUUUCUCCUGGGAGGACCCUGUUCUGAAGGGAGUGGCUGCAAAGUGCGGGCAGCGGUCUAGUGGACUUGCAGAGAAAGGGGUGAUGUCUGUGCAGCUAAGAGAUUGCCGCAUGGUUUGCUGGCAGCCAACUCAUGAGCCCAACUAGAAAGUUGUAAGAAGAAGGCAAGUGGGCCAUGAGCAUUUGAGGCUCCUUAAUCUGCGAAGCUGGGGCGCACUGUCGUAGAAUCAGGAUUGAAGCUUCAAAAUUGCUAGUCAUCGUACAAUGUUCAAAGCAGGUGGUCGGCCAAGUGUGGCAAGAUAACCCACAUCAGUCUACAUAGGUCAGUGUCCAGCAAACCUCUGCUUGUCCUGGUGAACUGAAGGCACAUCAACCUUUUGCUCAGCGGGGGCUGAGAAUGCCUGCCACUUCCGCAGUGGUUGAGCGCUUGUCUGUCCCUGCGGCGCUGGAGAAGGAAACUCUCCAUCACCUUCCAUGUUCCAUUGGAUACAAUGGGCCCGCCAAUGUACACAGCUUCUUCCAACCAAAAAGUACAGGGUCCACCUUUGAUGGGGUGACGAUUGUGGAAGCAGCCUUUCGAGGACGGAAGUUGCUUGGGGCUACUGUAGACAUUCCGGCAGGUUAUCAAGGACUGGUUCUGGCCAAGCGUCCACUGGACGCAUCACAUGAGAAGGAGGGUGAGGCCAUCCAGGAAUGGACGGCGGAGGCAACCUUCAGCGCUCUCAGCUACUGGAAGCAUGACACCACACCAAGCUCCGCCGAUGGUGUCAGGCGCUGUUUCGGGUGGUUGCAGUUGGCAGAUCUGAUUCAUUCACCGGUGGAUGGGGCCACGCAUAUGCAGAUGCUACAGAAGAUCACUGCAAGUGAUAGCAGGCCAGGGUCGAAACGCAAGUUGCCAGCUGCUUGAGAUGCUGUUCUUGCACCCACUACACUCGUUCAGUGCGUCUGCAUUGAACCACCGUCGUACAGAUUUGGCCUCGUAUGAAUAACGAUUACGGGUCACAUGGUCAUUUAUCCCCACCUCACAUAUCAUGCAUUGGAAG